AUGAAACUAAACGGAACAACAGAAGAGGCCCAAGUGCUGGUCAUCAUUGACAUUGAGGAAUUGGAUAAAUACAAGACGCAUCAGAACUGCUUUUCAAAGCUUCCUCUCCUGGCGUACGAUGCGGACAGGGAUCAUGUCAGAUGCCGCUUCGCUGCCAAUGCCAGCGUAGACUCAGCCUUCAUUCUGGAUGAGAAUACGUGUACGGUGAAACUGAAGGGCAAUGCAGGCCUCGGUGUCCACGUGUUUGACCUGCUGCUGGAGGACUUUCCCAGAAGAGACGUGACGCUGUCCUACGCUGACGGAACUUCUUCUGUCAGAACAGCUUUCAACGCCUCCUCGAACGCCGACUCGCCUCCGUUUAGCCGAGUCUCCCUGCAGUUUACACUGGAAGUCCUGCCGCCGCUGUCGAGCUGUGACGCCGGCCACGUGGUGCCAAAGCUGCUGCAGCCAACGCCGUCCAACGGGGGCGUUCUUUACGCUGCUGUCGGUGCUCCGCUCCAGCUGGUUGUCCUCGCCACAGCAAACCAGGCCAAGAUUUAUGACUUCCAGGUCAGCGGCCCCGUGAACGUGACCAAACGCUUCAGCGAGGACCAGUUUGGGAAAGCUGAGGUGACUUUAAGCUGGAGACCGCUGCCCCGGGAUCUGCGCCGGGCCGUCCCGCUGUGCUUCGCUGCAGAGACCAACGUUAGCCAAUCCGAAAUGAGGUGUGUCGUCGUCAUAGUGACCAGAUCGCCUACUGCUGAAGGUAAGGCCUCUGUAAGCUGCUCAGCUACCCAGAUGACGGUUGUUCUGGAAAAAGCCACCAUGCCUGACAUCGAUAAGAACUGGCUGAAACUGGCCGACCCGUCCUGCUCUCUCACUUCCAACAACACACACAUCAUGGCCACUAUGUCCUUCAGCACCUGCGGCACCACGGUUGAGGACAAGGUUGACUACAUUGUUUUCAAGAACACGAUCAUCUCCUUCGAGCGGCCCAACACAAUCAUAACCCGAAGACGGCAAGUUGAUAUCGGCUUUUCCUGCCAAUUCCCCAAAAGCCUCAGCGUCUCCAGUCACUACCAGCUCGACAGGUCCGACUACGUCUUCACUGAAUCCAGCUUCGGCAGCUUCCAGUACAACUUUGAGGUCUUCAACGAUAACAAUUUUACCCAGAGGGUGGAACCAGGUGCGUACCCCGUGGAGGUCGAGCUGAUGGAUGUCAUCUACAUGGGCAUCCAGGCGAAGUCAGACCUGCCAGACGUCAGUCUGUUCGUGGAGUCAUGCAGAGCCACUCCUGAAAACAACCCCAAAAGCAUCCUCCUCUACGACCUCAUCCAAAACGGGUGCCUGAGGGAUGAAACUAUCAAAGUCCAUCCAUCCAAUUCCACUUCAUUUCUGUUUGAGAUCCAGGCCUUCAAAUUCAACGGGAACUACGAUGAGGUCUACAUCAGCUGCUCCGUCCUCCUGUGUGAGAAUGGGAACCCCGCCUCCAGGUGUGCCCAGGGCUGCCUGAAGAGCCCCCAACGCAGACGCAAGCGAAAUGACGUCAGAGAGACCGCCAGUCACUUCAUUACCCAGGGUCCUCUGCGCUUCGUCCGCCAGGCCGACAGCGGUGCAGUGGCCAAAGAGCCUAAAGGAGAUUCUGGAGAGGAGGUCGGGGCCCGUGGGUUCCUCGGUACCAACACCGGCACCGUGGUGUUCGCCAGCCUGUUCGCCGUGUCUGUGGUGAUACUGGCCGUGAUUGUGGCUUUGCUCACCAGGAAGAAGAAGAAAGUGGAGGACGCCAGAGGUCUGCUGGUAUUUGACUCAGAAUACUGA